AGGCGGGCGUAGACGUGGAUGGUGCCAACCUCUUUGGGCAAUCUGCAUGCUUCUUGGCCGAAUGGUACGGCCACAGCCCAGCCGUGGACCUGCUGAAGUCCUAUGGCGCGUUGUCUGUGACACGACCUGAACGACCUGAACUGCCACGGUGGCAGCCCAGCCUGUCGGACCGCCAGGUGGAGGAGCUGCCAGGAAACAGCUGGCUUUUGGAACGCAGCUUUGAGGAGGCUUUCCUGAGGGAGUUCGACUCCUUGGCUGCACGACUACCUGUCCCAGACAUGGAGGUGGAUCGUCGAACAGCGCAGCGGCUCUUCGUGUGCUCGGAGGAGAUCAGCGAAGCUCUGGGAGCUCUGCUGAGACCGAGUUUGGGUUUCUCCUUGGCUGCGCUUCCUACGUUACAGGAGUGCAGGUGUUCCUUUGGCACCGCAUGUGGACUACCAAUGGCUUCCUGGAUACGUCUCUGCGAAGAUUCCGGGCUACUCACCCGCCCGUCGAACUACACACAGCUUGCUCCUCUAUUUGACGGAUUGCUACGAAGGAGGAGAAACGCGGCUGCUGCACCAAGGACCCAAAGGAGAGCCACCAGACGUCAUGGCGUGCGUGAGUGCGAGGCGUGGGCGGGUAUUACUGUUCCCGCACGAGCUUCUUCAUGAAGGA